AUGAAAGGUCCGGGCUUUGAACGGUCAUGGAGAAAGCUCUUGACCGAUAUAGAAGAAACGGCGCCGUCGACUCUGAUGCCGUCGUUCGCUUCUGGAGGGGUGCGGAGCUGCAAGCGUGCGGCAAAUGUCGAGGUCCGACCCGACGGGACUAUCGAGGCCGAUAUUUUUCCGCUCAUCCGAAACUGCGUGGGCGUGUUGAGCUCGUCGGAGAUUAUGGCACUUGCUUUUGUGGAUUCCCAUACGGACUUUUUGGAAGAUAUUUGGCAAUUACAUGCAAAUAUUAUGGAGUUUACCUUUCGGUACCCGAGCUGGCGGCCAUCGAUUGCAAAAGCGCGCAAGUCCCGGGCCCGCAUUCUGGAGAAGCUCAUUGUGUGGCACACGAACAUGGAAGCUGUUGGACCGGUGGCCGACUCGAUUGCGGAAUCAGGGUGA